UGAUGAAGACGUUGUGUGGAGCUUGGGGUGCGCUCUUGCCGAUCGUUGUCGUGAUGUCGGGUGUUGUAGAGGUCGUAGCGUCUCAUGGGUACCUCCUUGACCCCCCUCAGCGUUCCAGCAUGUGGCGUGUUGGGUUCGACACGCCUGUGAACUACGACGAUAUGGGACUCAACUGUGGCGGAAAAGAGAGACAACACGUGGGGAAUGGCGGUCGCUGUGGUAUUUGUGGUGACGCUUAUGACAGCUUCCCACGUGAAAACGAGGAUGGCGGUAAGUACGCCAACGGCAUCAUUGUUGGAUCUUACCGUGCCGGUAGCGACAUCAUGGUGACAGUCCGCCUCACGACUUAUCACAAGGGGUUCUUCGAGUUCAGACUCUGUCCUGACUUCAGCACAUCCGAUGAUACAUUUGAGGACUGUCUGGACCGGAACUUGAUGCCAGUGCGUAUGCUCGGUGGCAGAGAAGGCAGGAAGACUAGGUUUUUCCCUGACGCAGGAAGCAGGGAUUACGUUCUCCUGGUUUCACUACCCCUGGGAGUCACGUGUGACAAGUGCCUCUUUCAGUGGAGAUACGUCACAGGCAAAGACUGGGGUCGUGACACGGAAGCGGAAGAUGGAUGUGUCGGAUGCGGUCCUCAAGAGUGGUUUGUCAACUGCGCAGAUAUCAACAUAUUCGCCACAGACUCAGUCACGCCAACACCACAACCUUCGACUUCCAAGAGGACGACGACGACUACAACAACAACAACCACUACUGCUAUACGUCCCACGCCACAACCCGUACCGGCGCCUAACGAUAGCCCUAAAUGUGUUGCUGCCGACUCCUUCUCCCAUGUCCCUGGCAUGGACACCUGGUGUCGAAUACUCUGCCCCCGCUUCUGUCCUGUCACUCACUGUGUUUGCGCAUAGAACUUCUGGAUAUUUCCAAUCGGCUCUACACCGUCCAAAAAGGAUUUCGGUCAGCAGUGGAAGAAAUGCUUAUUGAAACUAGCUUCGUUCGCGAUCUGUUCACAAGACGCAACACAAAAUGGCGGCAAGAGAUCUUUUAUGUAACGAUUCAGACUUUUCCCGUUGACUUUAUCUUCACGUCAAUCUGGUUUAGCAGAGACAUACGGCUUUUCCUCUAAUAAGGGCCCGGACGUUAUUAAUUGAACAAGCUUCCAAACCAGGGGGUAAUGGAGGACCGGCGCUUUCUAAGAGUGAGUGAGUUUGGUUUUACGCCGCAUUUAGCAAUAUUCCAACAAUAUCACGGCGGGAGACACCAGAAAUGGGCUUCACACAUUGUUUCCAUGUGGGGAAUCGAACCCGGGUCUUCGGCGUGACGAGCGAACGCUUUAACCAUUAGGCUACCCCACAGCCCCCGCUUUUCAAGAGACCUGGCACGUAUUGCUCUUACUGGACCCGGAAGUUGUCAAUAUUUUUGGGCUUAUUUGAGGAAAUACGGUAUUUUCAAACGUGUCUGUCGUGUUAUCAGAACCAUAUUCUACGAGAUCUUGCGCCCUGCAGCCAACACUGAGUUCAGGAAGGAGGCCUACGUCUAUUCCAGUGCUGUCUGAGAUAUCAGGAACCUAAAGAAAUAAACCGUGGGCCCGAGUGCGCAUUCUACAACCCCAGUAGCAUUCUUCAACUCAACCCCAGAACCAUCCCUUGAACACUUGUGCAAGUUGAACAAUGUGGACAGUGCAAUGGUUGAAUGUAUAAAGCGUUCGACGGCACAUCACAAGACCAGUUCGUUUUCCAUCGUAAUUAUAACGCUCCUUGGUAGCACACUCCCGGUGUCGAACCGUCACAUUGAUGGAAUAUUGCUUGAAACUCGUUACCCGGUGCCAUGCGAACUGAUUUUGUUAGCUCUGAAAUUUUGUGUCCCUGUGUUGUAUUACAUUUUGAGCAUUGCUGAAAUGUCUACGUCUUAACUUAUAAAAAUCUUUAAAUCAA